UGAUCACCUCAAAUUUGCUGAUCUAGGAGAUAUCAAGAGUGAAGGAACCCUAGAACUAUUGAAGAAGAUAAAAAGAUGGGAAGGGGAAAGAUUGUGAUCCGGAGGAUUGACAAUACUACGAGUAGGCAAGUGACUUUUUCGAAAAGAAGAAAUGGGUUGCUGAAGAAAGCUAGAGAACUAUCGAUCCUUUGCGAUGCAGAAGUGGGGCUAAUUAUCUUCUCCAGCACCAGCAAGCUAUAUGACUAUGCAAGCACUAGCAUGACAUCCGUUAUUGAACGCUACAACAAACUAAAACAGGAACAAAGCCAGCUGCUGAAUCCUGCUUCAGAAGUCAUGUUUUGGCAAAGGGAGGCUGCCAACUUGAGGCAACAACUACAAGGCUUGCAAGAGUGCCACAGACAACUUAUGGGAGAAGAACUUUCUGGUUUAAGUGUCAAAGAGUUACAGAAUCUGGAAAACCAACUAGAAAUGAGUUUAAAGGGUGUCCGGCUGAAAAAGGAAAAAAUUUUAACUGAUGAGAUCAAAGAACUCAACCACAAGGGAAAUCUCAUUCAUCAAGAGAAUCUAGAACUCUGUAAGAAGGUAAACAUCCUCCACCAAGAAAAUAAAGAACUGCAAAAGAAGGUUUAUGGAUCAAGAAAUGUAAACACAACAAACAGGAUUUCCCAGCCUCCAUACACUAUCAGCAAUGGGUACGAUUCACACCCACCACUUCAUCUCCAGUUAAGCCAGCCCCAGCCUCAAAAAUAUGAGACACCACCAAAAUCAAUGCCACUGGGAUUGCACCUGCAUUGACAAAGCAUUUGACAACUGGGGAAGCAUAUCACUCCUUACACUAACAACUUGCCCCACAGUUCAAAGUCAAGCUUGAUGAGUAAGCUUAUGCUACUACAUACAAGUAAACUUAAGCUGCUGGAUAAGCAGAUUUGCUGUGCAAUAUCUUAUGAAACAAGCUCUAUUUAUUCCUAGAAUAAUCUGCCAAACACAAUACUGAUGUAAAUUUUACAUGGGAAAGAAUAUGUCAGGUCUUACAAAAACUCUGAUUCAAAGGUGUUGUUAUGAUUGAUACUGCUAAAGUUGUAGUAUAUGGUUCCAACGAAGUUU